CAUGAAAAUGAUGAUCGCUCUGACUUUAAUCAAAAGUUCUACACACACUUGAGCCAUUAUACAGGAAAUAGGCCUACGUCAUGAUGACAUGUGCUGUCAGAAGACAAGUGCAAAGAUAUUUUGACAGGGCAUGGUGAUGGUCUGGGAUGACAAACGCUAAGGAGAUUCAAAUCCCAUUCAUAAUCUUUAUUAAAUUCGGUUUCUUCACAGCGCAUCAUAAACAUACGGAACAUGUUACUGCUCUUCCUCAUCUUCAUAAACGGUGUGUCUGGUGAAUCUGAGACGGUGAUAGUGAUGGAGGGAGAUUCUGUCACUCUAAACUCUGACCUCACCGAAAUAGUGAACAAAGAUACGAUACUGUGGAUGUUUGGACCUAAAGACUCUCUCAUAGCUCAAAUAGGGAGAACGGACGAUUUGACCAAAUUUUUAGUCCCCAAUGUUGUGGCAUUCAGAGGCAGAGUACAAGUGAACAAAGAUACUGGAUCUCUGACCAUCAGAAACACCAGAAUCAGACACUCGGGACAAUAUAAACUCACCAUCUCUAGAGAACAGACAAGGAUCAAGAUAUUCAAUGUCACUGUCCAAGUUGUGGAUGGUGAGACGGAUGGAGUGAAGUCGGAGUCGGUAUCAGUGACAGAAGGAGAGUCUGUAACUCUACACGCCGAUUCUGAAGCACACAAAGAUGCUCUGAUGUUGUGGAGGUUUGGAGAUAAAGGCAUCCUCCUGGCUAAAAUCGAUUUAGAAACAAAAAAUACUUCAUUGAAUGAAGAUGAUGAGAGAUUCAAAGACAGUCUUGAGCUGGAUAAUCAGACUGGAUCUCUGACCAUCACAAACACCAGAACUGAACAUGCUGGACUGUAUGAAGUACAGAUGAGAGGCAGCGAGAGCUCACAGCGAUUCCUUCUCUCUGUCAACGCUGUUACAGAUCCAGGUCUUUCUCCGGGUGUUAUAACAGGGAUAUGUGUUGUUGGUGUUGUUGUUGUUCUGCUUCUGGUUGCAGUUGUGAUUUACUAUCAACAAAGAAUCUCCAAAUUACAGCAAGUUGCUGAAGUGUAUGAAGAGGUGAAAAUAUCAGCGAUGGAGGGAGAAUCUCCAACUCUACACACUGGUCUUACUGAACCACAUGAUGAAAACAUACAGUGGUGGUAUGAAGAUGAAACCAAUCUCAUCGCUGAAGUAAGUGAAGAGAGGAGUAGGACACAUGAUGGAGCUGAUGGGAGAUUCAGAAGCAAACUGAGGCUUUAUGAUUCUGGAAAUCUCACCAUCAGUAACAUAAGGACCAUUCAUUCUGGACACUAUAUACUCAAGAUCAGCAGCAACAAAAGAACCGAAUGCAAGAGAGUCUUUCUGAACGUUGAUGUAAAGAAAGUGGAAGUGACGGUGGGAGGUUCCGUCCCUCUUGAGAAUGAUGCUGAAAUUCAGACCGAUUCUCUGUUGCUCUGGACGUUUGGAGCUGAAAACAGUCUCAUUGCUGCAAAUGCUACAAGCAAAGAUCAAACUGAUGAGAGAUUCACAGGCCGAGUGGAGCUGGACGAGAAUACCGGAUCUCUGACGGUCAGAAACAUCAGAACCACAGACUCUGGACAUUAUAAACUUACAGAUCAUCAACAGGGAACAGACCACAUUCAGGAGAUUCAAUGUGACCGUCACUGAAUCCUCAGGAAACACUGCGAAUGAUUCAGUGACUGAAAUGGACCCGCUGUUGAAAGACAAUGAGAAUGGAGAGAGCCAACAGACGAGCUCCCUUUAAUGAGAUUAGACACGCCCACCAGUGUCAAUCAGUGACAUCAUCAACACAUUUCUGCGUUUACGCCAUAUCGUAAUUACAGUAACUACGAGAUUCUGCCUCGUAAAAAGCGUUUACGCCCUCAUAGAGCUCGUAAUUACAGUUUGUAACAUAUGUGCCAUAGAAACACAUAAUUCCCAGUCCGAGGACAGGAACAGCUCCCGAGUAUAACCUCACGUGUUGUCAUCUCAAUAUUACGGUAAUUACACGGUGGCGUAACCAGACACUAAUGUCACUGCUGAAGAGGUACUUGAAAUAAACCAUGGUGCUACAAUUACCAAUAGGUAUGAAAUGAUUACCAGUUUCAUGAUAAAUCAUGAUAAAAUUCCCCAUGUUUAGUAUUAUUCUUUCAUUUUUUAAUUAUUAUUAAAACUGUAUUCGAUUACCGCGAUUUGAACAACUCGCAAUAAAUAAAUACUGUCCAGCAUUAUUAAGCUACAGUCUCACGCAUGCGCACAGAGCGGUUUCGUUCUGUGUGAGAACAUGGCAGAAAGCUGAGAGGUUUUAAAAGUGUGAUGAGAAAUUAUAUGAAUUAAUGAAUUAUAUGAAUGUACCUCUGAAGGUUUUGUCUGUCUUCAUAAAAGUUUCGAUGGCAUUCUUCACUCCAUGUAUUGCCUAUAGUUUUUAUAAUCGCAGUGCUUCUUUGUUUGAAUUACGGAGGUUCACGUUACGGGAAACGGCUCUAUUUCUGCGUUUCCAUAAGCGCCACCCAGUGUCAGAUUUACAGUUUUUAUCUGGCCAAAAAACGGACAGUAUUUGCAUGAACAACUAAACAUUUUAACUGGUUGAUGAAAAACAAGCUUAUGUGGAUUCUACAAUUUUAUAAUUAAGGUGUCUAGAUUUAUUUGUGCGCAGACAAUACCUCUUUUAAAUAAUAUCAUUUUAACUUAACCAUUUUCUUUAUUUAAAGGCUUUAAGGUGCAAUAUGUAAUAUUUUUUGCAGUAAAA